AUGAGCAGUAAGAAGCGGCACUUCCCGCUAGCCAACGUGCCUCGGCUUCCGCUUAAGGAGACGAGUGGAAACAUUCCCUCGCCUCAGCUCAAACGGGCCAGAGUCCACCCCGAAGCCGCCGGCGACAACACAGGAGACCUGGGCGCCGCUAAACCCGCCAAGGCGGCCCCGUCUCGAGGAGGACGAUUACUGGGCGACGAAUUGGUCCAGUGGCAGCAGUCAUGGCGGAAGAUCAUGCGGGAACUGACGGUGUAUUUCGAAGGAGCUACCAAAGACUCCAACCCGGGCCAGGUGUCCGAGUUCCGGCUUGCCGCAAAGCAUUUGAAACAGAUCGGCUGCCAAAUACUGGCAUUCUAUGAUUCAAGCGUCACCAUCAUCAUCAGUCGCCGCAAGUAUGAGGAACAUCGUUGUUAUCCUCCUACCGACAUCUUUAGUCAUGUGAGCUCGAAAAAGAUUAAGGUCUGGGAUUACGACAAAGUGUUCCGCUUUCUCAAAAAUCUCGGCGUUAACACCGAUGAUCUGCUGGCGGCGACUGGUGAUCAAAUUGACAACGAUAAUAAUUUAUACACCCUUUUGAAAGAAGAAAAGAUUUACGGGGCUACUGAGCGUGAUCCCAACGCUAAGCGGGAUGAUCUUCAUUACUUGGAGAAAAACUAUUUAUUCGUUUAUGACCUCAACCAAAAGACUCGUCCUAUUGCCGUACGCGAAUGGAGCGACGACCAAUACCCCCGUCUUCAUCAUACUCUUGAUGGUAAAUGUCCCUUUAUUGCCGACAAAACCGAGCUUUCUGAAAAGAGAAAGCAGAGACGUCAGCAAAAGUUUGAAAUGACCCGCGACUUCAGAGAAGUGCUUAAAGCAGCGUCUCAACGGGUAAUCAAUGGGGAACAAGUGAGCUCAGAUGGUAACGGCGACGAUGAGUGUACGCUAAUUGAGCCACUGCUGGGUAAAGUUAGUGGGGAUGAUAAUGAAGAUCAAAUAAGUAUGGUGCCGCCUCUCCCUCGGGAGCUGUCAUGUGUCGUUGGCAGAUCCCCGCUUGAUGUGGCUGCUCUGGGUUAUAACGGUGCGCUGAAUGCGGUUCUGAUUGAUCUGACAAGCCAUUCGGCCAAUGGCGGUAACGGAUUGGGCCCCAUAGUGUCGCAAGUUACUUCUCGCAACUUGAAUAACUUGAAGCGACGCAUUAUCAAGAAAAAACAACAACAGCAACAACAACAGCAACAACUGGGGCGUGACUCCCGCAAAAGAGACGGUGAGUAUAAUCCUGGGUACUGCGAAAACUGUCGCAUCAAGUAUGACCACUUUGACGACCACAUCCGGCUGUCGCGUCAUCGGCGAUUUGCUGCCGACGACCGCAACUUUGAGGAUAUCGACGCGUUGAUCGCCACUUUGCGUGAGCUGUCUGCCAUCGGUGGCUCGGCUCCGUCUCUCGCAUGUUAG